AUGUCCCAGCCAGCAUUUCCAGAAGAUCCCAUACUGCCCAAAAUAAAGAGUUUGAUAGCAAACCAAGAACAGAAGCUUAUCUGCACAGUCCACAACAUUUACCCUUUGGACAAGUUUCAGAUUGAGUGGCUUCGUGGAGAUAAGACCCUUCGUGAGGAAGACCCUGAUGAACCAAUUUUAGAUCAUGUUAAGAAUUAUUCCUCUAUGUUCAAUUACACACCUUCUGUCGAUGAUCUGGGCAAGAAUAUUAGUUGCAAGGCAACACUGAAACUCAAUCUCAACAAUCGGGAGAGAACAACAACUGCUGAAUAUGGUCCAGGGACUAUAACAGUUUCCAGUAAUAAUACCUCGGUAAAGCUUGGCGAACGUUUGGAGAUAACAUGUCAUGCAGACGGAAACCCCAAACCAACGAUCUUUUGGUGGAAACUAGGGGAGACCGAGCCUGAACUCCAGAGUCAGAACCACAAGUUGAUAAUAAAUAAUGCUUCCUGGUCUCAGGCAGGUUGGUAUCGUUGUAACGUUAGUAAUGACGUGGGAAGCCAGCAAAUGAGAGUAAAAGUCACUGUUGUAGGUCCUCCAAACAUCCCCAAAAUCCUGUUAAGCCAUAGAGAAGAGCCCAAAGAAGGAGAGAGCAUAAGCAUAUUCUGUUCUUCAGAUGGCGGGCCAGCAGAACUGAAACUGUACAGACAGUCCCAGAGCAUUGCGACAGGAGAUCCGAAAGAAUCAGCUGUGCUUUUAAACAUCUCAUCAAUCCAAAUAACUGAUGCAGGGAUUUACAUCUGUGAAGCAAAAAAUGACUUUGGCAUUGAGAGAAGCACAAUCAACAUUACAGUCCAAGCACAACAUGACAUCUGGAGAAAGCCAGACCUGCCUGUGGCCAUCCUGCCGGCUGUAGGGUCAGUGUCGCUGUUGACCGCUGUUGUACUGCUGAUCCGACACUGCAGAAAGAAAGCCAAGAGCAACUCCAGUAACAUCACACUCGACUAA